AUGGUAUUGAAAGCUCAGCACCCUGGAGAUCAUAGUUCGCCCUCUACUGAGCACCAAGGCAUAGCGACCACUAACGAUGCUUGUGCCAAACCUUGCUGUGGUGGGCUUCGGGCUGAUGGUGCCAUAGAUCAGCUGGAUGACCGCCGAUCACUCAUACCAGAAGAUGCUCCGGAUUAUCGCAGCAGUUCUCUAUCAGAGGACAAGAACUCUGUCGAGAGGCCAGAAGAAGAUGAAGAGGCGUGCGGAAAGUCAUGCUGUGAAGACCCUUCGGAUGUAGUACAAGAUGGUCAGCAAGGAAGUCAAUCAGCUCAGGGAGACGGUUGCGAUUGUUGUCGAAGCGACCCGAUGCUAGUGGCAGAGACGAAGGCUUCCUUCGAUCAGCCAGACGACGCGUGUGCGAAACCUUGCUGCAGCGGAACUCCUGCCGAGACUGGUCUUGGGGACGUGUUGCCCGAGGCUGAAUCUGGCGACGACGACUGUAGUUGCUGCGGGAGCAGCUUGGCUGAAGUAGCCGAAAUGAACGAAGUGGCGAAACCAGACCCCAAGACGCACUGCCAGGAUGCUUGCUGUGACUCGUCUAAAGCUACGGCUGGUGUAGACAAAUCGACUCCUCCGGUUAACAAUGGAUCUACAUGCGAUUGUUGUGAGAUCCUGGCGUCGCCAAACGUCCAGUUAGCUCAGCAACCGCUUGAGAUUCGUCCUAAUCUUGGACAGAAGAAGCUUGAAGAUAAAUCGGAUUGCUCGUGCUGCAUGGAAAAGCGGGGGGCAGUUUUGUAUUCCUCAGUCUCGGACAACCCAAGUCCCGCGGAGGUGAAGGAUUACAUUGGGAGAAUGGUCUGCUGCCAGGCUCCCUGUUGCCAGUCGCCUGGGUCGGUCAGUUUCAGCAGGGCAUUCACUUCCGUGUCCAGGCGCUUUUUGUCUCAGCUCCGCCGAGCUCGAGGAAAGGCCACUGACGCGCCAUCUUGUUGCGCCGAACCUACUGUUGAUGUAGGGCUUUCGGAGAAGCAAGCCAUUGAUUGGGAGGAACCUUCCACCGGGGUGCAAACCCUCUUCAUGACGAUUGGGGGCAUGGAUUGUCCAUCAUGCACCCCUCGAGUUGAGCGCGCCUUGCAAAAACUGGAUCAAGUUACAGAUAUUAAACUGGAUCAUGUUUCUGGCACGGCUUCUUGCUCCUACAAUCCUUCGAUCAUAUCGCCAGAUAAAAUCACUGAACACGUCUCCUCUUUAACCGGCUUUACAUGCCGACGUCGUAUCGGGCUGGAUUCUCAGGAUCGUAUAGUCUCUCUCCGUUUCUCACCAGGCCGUGUCCCAUCUCAAGUCCAGCUCCGCCGAACAUUUGGCGUCGACGAGGAAGACAAGGAGAAUCGGGUGUUCGUAGAUCAAGAAGAUCCAUCAAUCGUUGUAUUCCGACUAAAAUCUUCGGCCCCACCUGGUUCUGCACGCGCUGUGCUUCAGCGCUUCAGCGACGCGGGUUUCGUGUGCGAGCCUACGUUCGUCAAUGAGCACGAGUUGAUGCGUAAACAAGCCUGGGACGCAGUGAUGCGAGGUGUCGCUCGCGCAGCAUUGUCUAUCUGCUUCCUAAUUCCGACCCUCGUGCUUGUUUGGAAGCCACAUCUACUCGAAAACGACGUUAUCGCACGCGAAAGUAUCGUGUUUGGCCUUGCCAGCGCCAUUCUCUUCUUAGCCAGCCCGAUUCUCGUAGGGGCUUACAAAACGCUUUUCAUAGCUCAUCAUCUCGACGCCGAUGUCCUCGUUACCAUCUCUGCCUUAUCUGCAUACAUAUACUCGCUCAUCAUCUUCGCCGUUGGCACCGCUUCCGGACAUCACAUUGGGUUGGAUUCGUUCUUUGAAACCUCUUCCCUUCUUGUCACUCUUAUCCUCAUUUCGCGCGUCGUUUCGGCACUCGUGCGCUGGCUCGCAGUGUCCUCUUACCUUUCUCAUGUCUUGGGCAAUGAUUUACCUACCCAUGCGGAAUGGGUGGACCCCGCCACACACUCAACGUCCACGCUCCAUGUCUCACUCUUGGAUGCGGGAGACACCAUCAUUCUAUCCUCGGGCCAAGUAUCACCCAGCGACGGGAUUUUUAUCGAUGGGAGGGCUCAUUUCGACGAGGCGCUCGUCACCGGAGAGGCAAACCCUGUGUGCAAAGUUCCAGGGAGCGCCGUGGUAGCAGGCUCCCAACUGCUGAGCUCCACUGGUACGGACUCUACCUCACAAGACAACACUGCCCGCGUUACCCUCACGCGCGCCCCUCACGAGAGCAGCCUCGCCGAGCUUCGUCGCAUCGUGUCGGAAGCCAGGUCCUCCCGUCCAGCCAUUCAAGACAUGGCAGAUGCUCUUGCGACCUGGCUUAUCCCCUGCAUUCUGGUCGCUUCUAUCGUCGUCCUUGUGAUAUGGGUACUCGUCGAGGUUCUGGUCCGGCAGAGCUCUGUUGGGCGCGGGUUCUCGCAGGCCCUUACCUACACCAUCGCACUCCUCGCGUCAUCCUGCCCCUGCGCCCUCACGCUAUGCGUCCCAUUGGUCUAUUGUGUCGUAGUGGCGAAGGUGGCUGUAGGCAGUGGCAUUCUUGUGAAAGAUGCUAAUGCCUUCAUUGGGGCAACGAAAGUCACCGACGUCGUUUUCGACAAGACGGGGACUUUGACCACGGGGAAGCUAACUGUCGUGGGGAAAUUCAUCUUACCUUUUACCGCCACACCCUCUGUUCCAGGUAGGGAUGAAGCCGAAGCCGAAGAUCAGCCUCUGGAGAAAAUAAGCCUCGACCUAGAGCAAGUUGAAGCUUUGGUUUUAGCAUUGGUUCUUGAUGACAAGCAUCCUGUCUCCUCGGGCGUUAGCUCCUUCCUUUUGUCAUCACUGAGCAACGCAGGUGCGCCCGGCAAAUUGGAGGACAAGAAAAGCAUUCCAGGACAGGGGAUUUCAGCGCUUUGGAAUGGAGACCAUGUCGUUAAGGGCGGGCACCUUGCAUUCUGCUUAAAUGCUGGCGAACCAACUGCAGACGUUCAAGGGGUUCACCCAGACAUCGCUCGUGUUGUGUCUUCAGGAAAGACCCUGUUCGUACUCUCGAUUGACUCACAAGUCGUUGCGGCAUAUGCUCUACAAGACAUGAUCAAACCAGAGGCUCAACAUGUCGUACAAAGCUUGCGAGAACGCGGUGUGCGGGUGUCGAUGCUCAGCGGGGACAACGACGAGGCUGCAUGGGAAACCGGGAAAGUGUUGGGAUUCGCUCAGGAGGAUGUGCGUGGAGGAUGCGCGCCGCAAAUCAAACGAGAUGUUGUCAGGCAGCUGGUGUGGAAGUCCGAGUGUAAGCAAGAGGAAGAAGAUACAGGGACGACCGAAUCCACCAACCAGCCUCCUUCGAACUCAUACCCAUCGAUGUUCGGUUGUCUCAACAUCUUCACACCAGCGCGUGCGACUUCAAGGUUCGUUAUAUUUGUCGGAGACGGAUCUAACGACGCCGGUGUGCUCUCUCAAGCGAACUUGGGCAUCUCCUUCCAGUCUGGCACGACUCUAGCCAAUGCUGCUGCCGACGUUGUCCUCCUCUCCUCCCAGUCCUCGCUAUCCGAUGGCUUGUCAGCCAACUCGGACUUACUGAAGGUUCUAGCUGUCAUUGACCUUAGUGGAUCCACGAAGCGUCGCAUCGUCACUUGUUUUGUGUGGGCUGUGAUGUACAACUUCCUGGCAUUCGUGCUUUCGUCAGGCAUAUUGGUUGUGUGGAGGCUCGAGCCUCAGUGGGCGGGUGUGGGCGAAUUGGUCAGUCUUGUUCCUGUGUUCUUGAUUGCAUUCGCACCUCGAAGGAAGCAAGCGGCUUUCGGAGAGUGA